CGUUCAUUUUGAUGGCUUCAGCGUGUACCUCAAUCCCUGUGUCAGCUCCUUCCAUGUCGCAAGAUGUAUAUCAUAUACUAUAUCGAUAGAUUCAAAUACAGAUGGUAACGAGACUACAUCGCAGCUGACAGCAAAAAUUCUAGAUCCACUUUUAAGGGAAGACGGAUCCCUUUUGUUAUGUUUUCCGGAUAUGCAUAUUCCGGAUGCAAGAGGCUCAAAUCUCUUUGGAUCUCAAAAUAUCUAUUCCACGAAUAUAAUGGUGAAAUACUGCGAGGUGUACAGGGGCUGUGUCCAAAUGAUAAGACAUCGUACUGCACAGCAAAGCCGAUCCGAGUGCGAGGUCCGAAUGCGAGUGCGAGUGCGAGUGCGCACCACUAUAUCAAUGGGCGUGUUCCAUGCCCUCCUACCACAACUUAAACUUCUCUUCCCGCCUUCUAAUCCUCGCGAUUCUUCUACACUAUGAGCGACUCUGAUUCCAAAUACCAACUCUAUCACUAUACUCCCAGUGCUAUUGCAGCUGCGAUAUUUGCCGUGAUAUUCUUUUUGUCUACAAUCUUCCAGGCUUGGAGGACAUUCAAGACGCGAUCCUGGUAUUUUUCUGCCAUGAUCAUCGGUGGCCUUAUGGAAGGUAUUGGAUACAUUGGCCGAAUUCUGUCGCACAAAGAACCCGAGUCUCUUGGUCCAUAUAUUAUGCAGACGCUUCUGCUUUUGGUGGCUCCUGCUCUAUUUGCGGCGGCUAUAUACGUCGUGUUAGGGAGGCUAAUCCGCAUGCUUCAUGCCGAACGAUUCUCUCUCAUUCGUCUCAAUUGGCUCACCAAGUUCUUUGUCCUUGGCGAUGUCAUUAGCUUUUUUUUACAAUCCGGAGGUGGAGGCAUCAUGGCAAGUGGCAAUGAUUCAAACAAGAGGAAGAUCGGCCAGUACGUUAUUAUCAUUGGACUGCUCGUCCAAAUAAUAUGGUUCGGAGGCUUCAUCUUCGUGGCUGGUGUCUUCCAUUAUCGUAUGCGAGUGGUCCCCACUGUGACGGACAAGACGAACUGGAGAAGACUCAUGCAUGUCCUAUAUGCCGCGAGCACCAUGAUCCUGGUGCGAUCGGUGUUCCGUGUUAUAGAGUUCGCACAAGGGAACGAUGGAUACCUCAUGAAGAGUGAAGUCUGGAUUUACAUUUUCGACUCAGUUCUUAUGGCUGGAGUUAUCACUCUUUUCAACAUCUUCCAUCCAAGUUCAUACCUACGAGACGAUGGGCAGUAUACUAUGAGGGAACACGAAGAAAAGACCACGCGUGUGCAUGACGAAGAGCAUGCUACCACGGUCGCACCGCAUCCCUAUUCUGACCCACGAAGAGGACUUUAACUUAUCGUUUUAGAGGGGACUAAUAUCUACUAGACUCGGACAUUGCAGGCUACCAUUCGUAGAAAACUGUAUGUAUGUAUGAUAUAUUACAGACUUAGAUAGAUAUUAUUUGGGGCAAUA